CUUACAGUAAAUUUUAUCACUGCAUUUAUUUUUCUAUAUAACAUACCUCAUAUCCAGUACCUAACUCAUUCUAAAGCCAAAAUGUCUUCUUCAUCUUCAUCUUCAGAUGAAUGGGAAGAACGACGUUAUCAACAAAAUCGUCAAAUUGAUCGCAUUAUUGACGAUAUGCUCAUAAACAAUCCCAAUCUUAUUUUAGGAACUUCUUCUUCCACCACUAAAAAAAGGUAUUGUGAUAGGGAACGUGAAGUUGGUGAGCAACGUUUGAUGAGUGAUUAUUUUGUCCCUAAUCCAACGUAUACUCCGGAGCUCUUCCGGCGUAGAUUUCGCAUGCAAAAAUCAUUGUUCCUUCGUAUAGUAGAUGCUGUUACUGCUAACGACGAAUAUUUUCAACAGAGACCCGAUUGCACUGGUAGGCAAGGCCUUUCACCACUACAAAAAUGCACUGGAGCUAUGAGGGUGUUGGCUUAUGGAACCGCAACCGAUGUCGUUGAUGAAUACUUACGAAUGAGUUCAACAGUCACGAGGGAUGCUGUCAUUCAUUUCGUAGAAGGUAUCAUUUCUUGCUUUGGUGACACAUACCUUAGAAGGCCCAAUCAACAAGAUUUGCAAAGGCUACUCUAUGUUGGAGAACAACGUGGUUUCCCCCGCAUGAUUGGAAGUAUUGAUUGCAUGCAUUGGGAAUGGAAGAACUGUCCUACUGCUUGGGCUGGUCAAUAUGCAGGAAGAAGUGGAAAACCAACAAUCAUUUUGGAAGCCGUUGCAUCAUAUGAUUUAUGGAUAUGGCAUGCGUUCUUUGGAACUCCAGGUUCGUGCAAUGAUAUCAAUGUACUUCAUCGAUCUCCCGUUUUUAGUGAUAUUUUAAAAGGUAGAGCACCUAAUAUAAGUUAUGUGGUCAAUGGUCGUCAAAAUGAUAGAGCUUAUUAUCUCACUGAUGGAAUAUAUCCCUCUUGGGCUGCAUUUGUUAAGACAAUUUCAAGUCCAGUGCUCCGAAAGCACAAGUUGUUCGCUCAACACCAAGAGGUUGUAAGAAAAGAUGUCGAGAGAGCCUUCGGAGUUCUACAAGCUCGAUUUGCAUUUAUUCGACGUCCUUGUCUCAUUUGGGAUAGGAUUUUGAUGGGAAAAAUUAUGAUGGCUUGUAUCAUCAUGCACAAUAUGAUAGUGGAAGAUGAACGAGACACAUACCAAAACUAUUAUGAUCCCACAGAAUUUUUGAUGGAUUUACCUGCAGAUGAAGAUGUAUCUAUUCACUACUCAACUGACAGAAUUGCAAGUUUGUCUAAUUACAUGAUCAACAGGGAUCGACUUCGCAAUCGCGAAGCUCACAAAGCUCUUCAGAAGGACUUAAUUGAGCAUAUAUGGGCAAAAUUCGACACGACUAAUUGAAUAUGUAAUUUGCGUUUAUUGUACUUGUAAUUUUAAUUUCCUAUAUGUAUUUGUAAUUUAUUUUAUGUAUUUUUAAUUUUGUUUUA